AUGGAAUGGAUAAAUCUGCAUAAAUAGGUGUGCUGGGCAGUUGCAUGGUCUCAUCUUGCCUCCUCCACUCUAGUAGAUUCACACAGUUUAUCAGAGUGUCUCAAAUAUCCCUUCCUAAAAUGAAAGCUGCCCAAGUUAUCAUCGCCCUCUUCGUCGUUGCUCUCCUCGGUCAAGCAUACGCUCAAAGCAAUGCCAUGCCCACCUUUGAUUGCACAGACAAGUCCGGGUAUUUUGCGGAUGCUUACAGGCUGUGUCACGUAUUUUACUACUGUUACCCUGAUGGUCGCAAGUUGACAAUGUCCUGCCCCGAAGGAACGACCUUUAACCAGAUCACUACUCGGUGCGAGGUAGGAUCCCCAUGUUUCUACAGUGCCUAAACCUACCUCUCUUUUUAUUAUGAACUAUCCGAUACCAAUUCAAUUAAUGUAAAUUCAUGUAAAAUUCACUCAAAAUUAAUAAACUAACUGAGCAAACACAUACAUAAAUUCA